AUGUCUGGGCAGCAUCAUACUCUGACAGGCGCCUGCGGUAGGACUCAUAUCAUCACCAACGUCAAUUGCCCUGCCAGCGAGUCAUGUCGCCUCCCACGUCCCGCGACUGUUUGCGCCACCGACGUCGAGAACCUGCACCGUUUCGCACGCACCGCCGACGCCUUCGAGACGCGGGCUCAGCACGAGCACACGCGACCGCCAGCCAGCCAGCCCCUCCCUCCUCCCCCGAGCGCUCAGGCCCCACGGUCGGCCCAAGUCCCGUCUUCGUCGACGCCGGCCGCCGGCGCCCAGAGCGCCGCCCUCAGGGGCGCCUCGCUCGCCUUCCAGAGCCGCGCCGCGAGGCCUGCGCCGCCGCAGCAGCCGCUCUCGGCCGCCGCCAACGGCGCCCUGGUGGCCGCCACCUCGGCCGCCUCGGCCUCGACCCCGCAGAGCGGUCUCAGCAGGCACGCUACCGGCGGCAGCGCCGCGUCCGACCGCUCCGCCUUCGGCUCCGAGCACCACCAAGCCCUCUCGCACCAGCUCUCGCAGCUGCAGCCGAGCUCCCAGCCGGGCUCCCACCUCCGCCCGUCCGACGCGAGACCCGGCGGCCCCGACACGCGCUCCGCCUCUUUCAUCGCCGCCACGCUCGCCGCCAGUCGCUCCGCUAGUCCCAGUCCGAACAGGCAGCGGGCCGGCAGGGGCGCGGCGACGCCGCAAGGACAUCGGGGCGGCACGCCCGGUGCUGCGUCCCCUCCGCCCAGCCUCCGGCUCUACCCCGACCGGGACAGGACCUACACCUCCAACGCCGACGGGGACCGCCCCGUCAGAGAUAUCACUUCGCCGCAAGAACCCCAGUUUCCUGCCCCAGACCGUGCGUGGCGUGGACGAGAAGAUACAGACCCUGUCAAGAGCCCGCCUCCUGAAAGUGCGAAACUCCGGACACGCCCUGAAGAUGGGCGACGGCGCGAUGCCUCGGAUGAGAGACAGACACAGGACACUCCGACGAAACGGCCUCCAAAGCCCAAACCCGGACCAAAGCCGAGACCUGAUAACAUUAGAACGAAAGUCUUGGCUGAUUCGGGCCCAGAUUCAACUACCGCUGCUACAAGUCAUGACCGUGACGAUGCUGGUGGUGGCCGGGUCAUUGUUCGCGAAAAGAUACCGACCCCGGCGCCUCGCGCUGCCACUGCCGUUGAUAGUCGACCGGACUCCCGCCCAACCAAAGUAACUGAUGAGCGAGCGCCAGCGACAGGUCCGACGCCACCGCCUCCCCGCCGACGACCGGCCUCGGUAUCUCAACCAACAGCGCGCGGGUCCUCUGCUACAGACAGGGCUUCGGCGCGCCGCGGGGCCCCACCCAACCAACACGAACGGACUGGAUCUCUCGGUCGAGAUGUUGAUGGACCAGGAACUGUCAGAACCGUGGCGCGAGCUAGGGCCGGUUCGGAAUCGUCCGACGACACCUUCUUUACGACUUCAUCUGGCCGCAGCGGUCCUGCCCCAUCCUCUCCGGCCCAGGACCGCGCAGAACCGGGGGUGGUAGGCCGUUUGCGACCAAAAACACCACCACCUCCACAAUCCUCAACCCCCGGACAACGACAGGUAGCGGCGGCCGCGACGCAUACUCGCGUCGGGAAUCAUCAUGGGCCAGGCUUGGCCCUCGACUCUCUCACCAACGCCAUUGUCGCCAGUAAUCUCGCCUCGGCACGCCGCCAGCAAGCUUCUGAGGAGAGCCGGGCCCCACCUCCGAUACCAGUGCCCCGGCGAAAGCAACGCAAUGAUCUGCAGCCGCCGGACCUUUCACGCAGCUAUAGCAAGUCGCCGCCCAAGCGCUCGGGCAUGCUGCAGACUCUACGAUCGCCACCUUCGAAAUCCGACGACGAGGAGUCCCGGCGGAACCACGAGCGCUACCGCAAGCGAAGCUCCUUAGGAAAGAAGCACAUGCACCACGAGGGCUCGCGCCGACGGUGGCGGGAUCAGCUCACGGCAGCAGAGCGCCGGAGAUACGCGGCGCUCUGGGCCAGCAACCGCGGGCUGCUGCUCGCGGCGCCGCAGCAGGGCAGCAGCGACGGCAGUGGCCCUGGCCAGGACUCGGUGACCAACGUGGUGGUGCGAGACCUCUGGGGCCGCAGCCGCCUCCCGUUUGACGAGCUCGCCGAGGUGUGGGAUCUUGUCGACCUCGGGCGGCGCGGCAUGCUAUCCAAGGAGGAGUUCGUCGUCGGCACGUGGCUCGUCGACCAGCGGCUGCGCGGGCGCAAGAUCCCGACCCGCGUGAGCCAGAGCGUCUGGGACAGCGUCAAGGGCUUGAAGGUGCCGGCUCCCGGAUCGUCGGGGUAG